AUGGUGUAUGCUCAAUUUUGUACAAGACCUGACAUUGCAUUUGUCGUUGGAAUGUUGGGAAGGUAUCAGAGUAAUCUUGGUAUUGACAACUGGAAAGCUGCAAAGAAAGUUUUGAGGUACCUAAAAGGGACAAAAGACUACAUUCUUAAAUACAAACAAUCAGAUAGUUUGGAGGUGAUUGGUUACUCUGAUUCAGACUUUGAUGGUUGUGUUGGUUCAUAUAAAUCAACAUUGGGCUACAUAUUUAUGUUUUCCAGUGGAGCUAUAUCUUGGAGAAGUGUCAAACAAACCUUAACUGCUACUUCCACUAUGGAGGCUGAGUUUAUUUCGUGUUUUGAGGCUACCUCACAUGGAGUAUGA